CACCGGCCAUUCGCCGCUGCGUUCGUUUCUAGUCGCACCUGAAGAGCAGCAAACAGCAAAAGAACACAAGAUCAUAAAGUGCGGGUGUAUUAUAUUUCUAUCGUUUUGGUAUUUGUUUAAUAAUAUUCAGUGAUUUGUUAAAAAAAAGUAAAGAAAAAAAAUACAACUCAACAGUAUGAAUAAAUUUGUUGCGCACAGUCUUCAAAUGUAUUGUGUUUUGAUAUUGUUUGUCGUCGUUUGUCAUGCUGGAGAUAUGAAUGAACCAAAGAGAUAUUCAAAUGACCAGGGUCUGAUUGCCUUCCCUCGCGUCGGACGUCGAGAAGCAGCGCUGAAAUUAGCAAAAUUGCGCAAUGAGUUGUUUGCAUUUCCUCGGAUCGGACGCUCACAGCCGCUAGCAAUGGGCAUAAAGCGGGAUGGAUCCACAAAGACAAUGAACACGGGACUUUGGUUUGGGCCACGCCUCGGGAGGGUGCAGAAGAGAAAUCUCUACGCAUUCACGCCAGAUCUUGAAGACUACUAUAAUGCUGCAGGUGAUGUGAAACCAGUUGUCCACUACACGCCCCGCGUGGGUACAAUUGGCCACGAUUCCGACGAAGAUCUGGACAUCGGCCAGCCACUUUUAGAAGAUUCCUAAAAACUGCACACCCCAACAAUACACACAUACACACCCUAGCAACUUAGUAAUAAUAAUUACACAACCACACAACUCCACCCCUAGCGCAAACCUAACACUAUAAAUAAAUGUUUAAGCGCCCCCGGCGCACUCACGUCCGCACUCGCCCACCGCUGCGUUAAAGUCCUCCCCACCUCACACCUAAGCUAACACGUAGAAAUCUGUUUUAUUUUUGUUUAAAAAAAAUUAUAAUAAAUGUAAAAGCACUGAGGGGGAAGGACGUGGCUGGAUUAACGCGCAAGCCCUAAGAUCAAGCGUGUGCGGACGUGAACACCGAGAAGCACCUCAAAAAAUAAAAAAAAACACACAAUUACAAUUACAUUUUCUGCGCGAACGCGAAGAGUUCCACUUCAAUUAUAUAUUCUAU